AUGAAGAUGGAUGAGUUUCGUGAAGCUUCGGUCUCUUCGUCUCCUUCAACUCCACUACGAACACCGUCCCAUUCUCCUAACCUCUUUCAUGGAGAUUUCUCCUACAGCAACAGAUUCUCUUUCAACUCUUCGUCGGAUUAUUCUCUGUCGAGUUCCUUCUCUAAUGGGUUCUGCUCUCCCGAGGACAGUUCUUCUCCGUUCGCUUCUCCUCCGUUUAACGGGACCAUUCCUAAACACAAUCACACUUCUUCACCUGUCUCUUAUCACCAUAAUGAUUUCUUGUUUCGUAAAGAUCAUGAAAAGAGUGUUGUUAAUGGUGAUGAGUUAGGUUUAUGUGAAGAUCUCUACCGUAUGAAUAUCAAGGACGAUGUUGAAGAAGAUCACGUACGCUACGGACGAACCGAGGCUCAAGGAGGUCAUCUCGGUUCCUUUCCUAAGUCCGAUGAUUUCACUGUGGAUCCACUCUUCAACUUUGCACCUAAACACUAUGAAUCUAACAAUGGAGUCUUUCUUGAUAGUGGUUUUGUCUCUCGAAGCUUUCCAUGUGGAUUCUUCGAUCCAACGAAGGAUUCUAGUGUCAACCAGGACUUGUGGUUGAACAACAAUCAUAUUAAGUCUGGUUUCGAUCAAAGAAAAAAGUUUGAGAAUAAUCCUAAAGCUCAAGAUUCCAUUGCCAAUUCUCAACAAAUUGGAUGGCCUAGCUACUACUCAAGCAGUAAUGGUGGUACUGGUCCUUACAUCAAUGCUCAUGAGAUUUUCGGAAUUGGUUCUAAUCGAGGUGGAAUGAGAGAGUACUCUAUGCCGCCACAACAACCUGAACUUUCGUAUAAUCAUCAAACCUACAGAACAACAGCAGAAAUGUUACCAUUGUUCUGCCAAGGAACUCAAGUUCCUAUGGUUUCAAAAUGCUCAGAGCCGUUUAGCUCUGAUGAUAGUUUCUUUAUGGACGGUAUAUGCUUGGAUCAUCAAAGAACCAGUUCUAGAUCGGUGCUGUCUGAUAAUGGAGCUACUACAGAGAUAUGUCAUCCUAGUCUGCCUAACAUGUGUGACAUUCAAGGAUAUGUAUACUUAAUGGCUAAAGAUCAACAUGGAUGUCGAUUCUUGCAGAGGAUCUUCGAUGAAGGAACUUCUGUUGAUGCGAUGAUCAUAUUCAAUGAGGUCAUUGCUCAUGUCGUUGAGCUUAUGAUGGAUCCUUUUGGGAAUUACUUGAUGCAGAAGCUUCUAGACGUUUGUACUGAAGAACAGAGGACGCAGAUCGUGCUCGUGGCAACCGCUGAGCCUGGUCAGCUUAUCAGGAUAUCUCUCAAUGCAUACGGUACUCGAGUUGUCCAGAGAUUAGUGGAAACAAUCAGAACCGGAAAACAGAUUUCUCUGGUGAAAUCGGCGUUGAGACCCGGUUUUCUUGAUUUGAUCAAAGAUUUAAAUGGAAACCACGUGAUUCAACGUUGCUUGCAAUGCCUUGGCACCGAAGAUAACAAGUUUAUCUUUGACGCGGCGACAAAGUUCUGCACUGAAAUCGCAACACAUCGACAUGGAUGUUGUGUGCUUCAAAAAUGCAUUGCUUAUUCAAUGAGACAACAACGAGAGAAGCUGAUCGCUGAGAUCUCUAGAAACAGUCUCCUUCUUGCUCAAGACCCCUUCGGGAACUACGCAGUCCAAUUCGUUAUAGAGCUGAGGAUUCCUUCUGCGGUAGCGAUGAUGUUGGCUCAGUUAAAAGGGCAUUACGUUCAGCUUUCGAUGCAAAAGUUCAGUAGCCAUAUGGUGGAACGAUGUCUCAUGCAUUGUCCUGAGAGUCGUCCGCAAAUCGUGCGUGAGCUCGUCUCAGUGCCUCACUUUGAUCACCUUCUCCAAGACCCUUACGCCAAUUUUGUCAUCCAAGCCGCUCUUGCCGCCACAAAGGGUCCACUUCAUGCUUCGCUUGUGGAAGUCAUAAGGCCACAUUCGAUUCUACGUAAUAAUCCAUAUUGCAAGAGGAUUUUCUCAAGGAACCUAUUGAAGAAGUGA